CCCUGCCCUGCCCUGCCCUGCCCUGCCCUGCCCUGCCCUGCCCUGCCCUCGGCCGAGAGGGGAGUGGCGUGUGUUCGCCGUGCCCCUGAGGGGAGCCGGGACCCCGGCGAGGCGAGGCGGGGCGGGGCGGGGCGGGGCCGGGCCGCCGAGAGGCCGGGCCGGGGGGCGGGGGCGCCGGUGCCCCUCCGAGUACUUAGCGGCGGUGUGUGGGCGGGCACAGACUGUGGUCUCACGGCUCUGUUUACUCUGGUCGGUCCUCGCUAUGGGCUCGGCUCCUCCCGUCUUCAUCGGCGCCGAGGAGGUGGAGAAGCACCUGCAGCGGGCCAGCCUGCUGCUGCCGGCGCUGGAGGCCGCCCUGGCCAACUUCUCGGCGGGGCCGGCGGGAGGCGUCGUGCAGCCUGUGCGCACCGUGGUGCCGGUGCGGCCGCACGGCGGGUUCCUAGGAGUUAUGCCUGCUUACAGUGCUGCAGAUGAUGCUCUGACAACCAAGUUGGUGACUUUUUAUGAACACAAGAAGGAUUCCUCUGCCCCUUCUCACCAAGCAACUGUCCUCUUAUUUGACCCCAGAAAUGGUUCUUUAAAAGCAGUCCUAGAUGGCAGUGUCAUUACAGCAAAACGAACAGCUGCAGUUUCUGCAAUUGCUACCAAGUUGUUAAUGCCAGCUUUUGCAGAAGUGCUGUGCAUUUUGGGAGCUGGUGUUCAAGCAUAUAGCCAUUACGAUAUCUUCACAGAGCUGUUCAUGUUUAAAGAGGUCAGGAUAUGGAAUCGCACCAAAGAGAAAGCGGUGGAGUUUGCUAAUUCAGUUAAUGGUCCAGUGCAGGUCUGCUCUUCUUCUCAGGAGGCAGUUACUGGGGCUGAUGUGAUUGUAACAGUCACUAUGGCAACAAAACCAAUUUUAUUUGGAGACUGGGUAAAACCAGGUGCCCAUAUCAAUGCUGUAGGAGCAAGUAGACCAGAUUGGAGAGAACUGGAUGAUGAACUGAUGAAGAAUUCUGUUCUCUUUGUGGAUUCCAGAGAAGCUGCUCUUACAGAAUCAGGAGAUGUUAUAUUAUCAGGGGCAGAGAUUUUUGCUGAGCUGGGAGAGGUAGUGAAGGGUACAAAACCAGCCCUGCCUGAGAAAACGACAGUGUUUAAAUCACUGGGGAUGGCAGUUGAAGAUACAGUAGCAGCAAAAUUUGUGUAUGACUCGUGGUCGGCUGGUCACUAAAGAGAGAAGUCUACAAUGCCAAGGAGGCCAAUAAAAUUGUUUGCACUUAGUUUCCUUGGAUCUUUGGUUAACAAGAAAGGCACCAAUCCUGCCUGAAUAUGGCCCUUCUAGACCAUUCAAGAAUGAAAACUGAAAUUUCUGCACUAGACUAAUUUCUGCAGUUUUCUAAUGGCAAGUAUUAGAUACUGGCAGUAUUAAUAAUAAAUGUAUCUAAUGUAAUGGCAAGUAGUAUAUGUUUGCAGUGAUACUAACAAGGGUAUUUUUACAUAUUUUGGUAUAAUUCUGGAAUCAAUGCCUUUCCUCCCUAAUUAUUUACGUAGCAGAAGUCCAUGGGUAGAUUUUAUGUUUUUAGAGGUAAUUCAUACUGGAGUAAAAUAUAUCAGUUUGGAGAAUGGACUCUGUUAUCUUACUUACCUGUGGUACUUUAAAUGCAUGUGUGGGUUUCAGUGCUACACUGGCAGCAACCUAGUCUCUCCUGCGAACACAGGCCACUUCUGACUCCUGGAUACCCCUUCCCUUCCAACUUGGACUGGGAUCUGGAAGUUACCAUCCUUACUUUCACCCUCCACAAUCCCCCUUCCCUGCCAUCAGACCCAAUGUUUCAGAACAUAUUUCUGAGUGGGAGUUUAUAUAAAUAAUGAUGCCUCCACACAGUUAUCUGUCUCUUUUUGUAAAAGACCUGGCUCAGGAAGAUUUAGAAUUCAAAAAGUCAGAGCUAAUCUUAUGUACACUUUAACUGGGAGGAAACUAUACUCAAUACCUCUCUCAGUCUGUAAGGAUGAGAUUCUUUACUAUGAGGGUGGUGAGGCACUGGCCCAGGGUGCCCAGAGAAGCUGUGGCUGCCCCCUCCCUGGAAGGGUUCAAGGCCAGGUUGGAUGGGGCUUUGAGCAACCUGGUCUAGUGGAAGGUGUCCCUGCCUGUGGCAGGGGAUUAGAGCUAGAUGAUUAAGGUCCCUUCCAACCCAAACCAGUCUAUGACUCCUGGGUGGGAUAUUGCCAUUUUUGUAUUGCAAGGAGUCACCUAAAAUGUUGAGCAUUAAAAAUGUGUUUUGAUUUAAUUUUUGUUUGUAUUCAGUGUGGGGAGGUUUUGUUAGUAAUCUAUGGUGUUUGCAAGUUCUUUUUCUAAGCUUCUUGAAGUUUGGAACUGAAAAUUGAUUUCAGUAGGAUGAACUUCAAAUAUACAAGCAAGUAUUUUCAGCUUGGCUGUACCAUGGAUCAGUUGGUGGUAGUUCUUUCAUCCCAGUGGGUAUUUGCUAUGGCAGGAAUUUUCCAUUUCUUGGUGGAGGAACCCAGUGGUGUUCUACAUAAGGAAAAGUUCUAGGUUUGUGCUGUCAAGCAACUGCUUUACAAGAGAUUGAGCAGCUGCUGAAAAAUAGCUAUUGCCCUGGAAACAAAUUCCUGUUUCAGAUUAGAGUCGUGCCUUACGAAAUUUAAUUUCUACUGACAUAUUUCAUGCAGGCUAUUAAGUGUUUCUUCACUUUGUGGAAUGAUUAGAGGACGUGGCCAUUCUGUGUUGGUGCUGGUAGAAUACAGUGUAGCAACAGGAAGGAGGCUCCAAAGCAGUUAGCGUUAAAGCCCUUGGUGGUGCAGAAGCAAGUAUAGAAGAGGUUAAUGAGUACCGUGCAGAUGUGACAUAAAUAAUACUCCAAAUUAUAAGCCUGGUAUAAACUAGUUGGAAGGAAGUAGUAAGUGGCAGUUUGUAAUUUGCAGAGUUUUAGCACAGAAGGGUAUCAGACCAGUGAGUGAAUUAGGGCCAAAGGAUGUGUUUGUGUGGAUAGAAAUCUAACUCCAUUGAUCUUGUUUCUAUCAGCAGGAACAAGAACAGAAAUUUCUCUAUAAGAUUUUGCAUUUUUUAAUUGUAGCAAAAUUACUGUUUUAUUUUUACAUGUCUUCUCUUCAGCAUAUCUGAAGUGUACAGAAAUAUAAAUGUUAGCCUGUUACUUCAGCUAUCAAGAACUCGACUAGCUUGAGACAAACAUGACCACCAUCGAUGUUCCUUUAUUCCAGAACUGUAUGGAAACUUGCACUUACUACUUGUGACAAUAUUUUAUCAGUUCUUUGUCUGUAGAACAAGGUUUGUAAUUUGAAGUGAGACAUAGUGUUUGGGAAGAAGACAAAUACAGUUUAUUUUCACAUGUACUCUUCUACAGACUCUGCACUUUAAAAGUAGAUGGAACUAGUCCAAAAACCUGGUUCUGAAAACCCACAGUACUCUCAGCUUUCAUUAGCAAUUGGAGGUUCUGAGGGCCUGGUUUCAGCAUUGUACCUCUGAACUCACAAAUAGGAUUUGAUUCAAUUAUAAUGGAAGUUGCUUGGACGCCGUCUUUUAGAAUUCUUUUUCCUUUUUGAGGGAAAAUAAUAGCCUUGAUUUUCAUGUUUCUUUCUCUUACAAAUCAGUCUCAAGAAAUUGUGUGACUUGCAUUUAUGUUAAAAUUAAAUAGAUACUUCUGUCCUGGCUUUCA